GUUGCAUUUCUCGAAGUUAGCCUAGCAUAACUGCAUGAGAUGCUUUGUGUCUAAGAAGAUUUCGAUUAACUUUUAAUAAGAGUCAUUUCGUUUUGUAUGUGACUGAAGCAUAUUAUGUGAAGAAUGUCACAAUAUAUAUUAGUCUUUUGUAAUUAUCAUAAAUAUUAUGUGACAAAUAUGAAAUAUGGAAGAAUGAAGUGUACAGUUAAGAAUGAUAAGAAUCGUAAGAAAAUAUGUACUAUACGUACAAUUGCACGAAAUAAAAAUAAAAUUAACCUUUCUGCAAUUGCUGAAAAUUUAAAUAGAAAUAAUCCAUGCAUUGUUCUGGAAAAUGCCAUAUUUUCCAAUUACUGUGGUAAUAAACAAAGUAAAGUAAAGACUGUGAAUCUUAAUGUAACAAUUUCUUAUAAUAACAGCAAAAGCAAAACAGUAGAUAUCAAUACUAAUAAUUCUACGAAUGAUACUAAUACUGAUAAUAAUAUAGUUUCCUGUGAUAAUGACAAAGAUCAAAGCAUAGUAGAUAAUGUUAUCAAUAAUUCUACGAAUGAUACUGAUUUUGAUAAUAACACAAUAUUUUCUUGUAGUAAUGACAAUGGCUGUAAAACAGUAAAUAGUGAUAUCAAUAUCGGUAAAUCUACGAAUGACAUUAAUCUUGAUAAUAAUAUAUUUUCCUGUGGUAAUGAUAAAGAUCAUAGCAUAAUAGAUGCUGCCAUUAAUGUCACGAAUUCUGCGAAUGGUACUGAUUUUGAUAAGAACGUAAUAUAUUCUUAUGAUAAUGAACAUGGUCACGUUACAUUAAAUGAUGAAAGUUGUAUCAAUGAUCCUAAGAAACAUGCUAUGGUUUCUAAGAAACAUGAUUGUGAUAAUGCCAUGAUAUUUUCCAAUGAUUGUGAUAAUAAAUGUAAUAGAAUAAAAGCUACAAAACUUAACGUUACAUUUUCCUGCGAUAACAGUAACAAAACGAUGAUGAUAGAUGGUGAUAUUAAUGCCAAUAAUUCCAUGGAUGGAAAUUAUUCUGAUAAUAACAUAUCAUUUUCCUGUGAUAAUGACAGAGAUCAUAGUAUAGUAAAUAGUACUAUUAAUGCCAACAAUUCUAUAAAUGAUUUUGAUAAUAAUGUGAUAUUUUCUUAUGAUAAUAACAAUGUGUGCAAAACGGUAGAUAUCAAUAUCAAUAAUUCUAUGAAGGAUAAUGAUUGUAAUAAUAAUAUAUCAUUUUCCUGCAAUAAUGAUAAAGAUCACAACAUCGUAUUAGAUGAUGUUAUUAAUGUCAACAAUUGUAGAAAUAAUACUGAUUUUGAUAAUAACGUGAUAUUUUCUUGUGAUAAUGACAAUAACUGUGAUAUUGCAGAUAAUGAUAUUAAUACCAAUAAUUUUAUGAAUAACAAUAAUAAUAUGACAUUUUCCUGUGACAGUAAUAAUGCCAAUGUUUCUGCAACUGGUAUUGUUCUCAAUGAUGUUAUGAUAUUUCCCUAUGACGAUGAUAAUAAUUCUAAUAUAUUAUAUGAUCUCACUAAUGCCAAAACUUCUAUAAAUUAUAAUAAUAGUGAUAAUAAUAUAACAUUUUCCUGUGAUGAUGAAAAUAUUAUUAACAACGUUGCUGGCGCAAACAUAACGAAUACUUCCGAGUAUUUACCUUCAACAUCGGAAAUUACAAUUGAAAAAGAGACUACAAAACACGAAAGCAUCCACAAUAACAAUUCUACAAUUAAUAAUAAAAAUUCUUCAGAGUCACUGAUAGACAUUUCUUCUGUAAACACAUUUGGUUGUAGAGAAAACGAUUUAUAUGUUCCGUUCUCUCAACCUAAAGGACUUCAAAAAAAAAAUUUUUGUUACUAUUGCAAAAAGUUUCAAAGUAAAAUUGCACGCCAUUUAGAAAACGUGCAUAAAUUGGAACCUGAAGUAAAAAAAAUUUGCAUUAUUACCAAAAGGUAAUUUAGAGAGAAAAAAAAUUAUAGAAACUAUUAGGAGGAAAGGGAAUUUUAUAUACAAUACAGAUCCUUCCGUAAAUACGGGAGAGUUAAUUGUUUGUCGAAGACCUGCCAAAAAUAAUUGCAAAACAGUACGAGAUUUUACGUGUUGUUCAAAGUGUAAAGGAUAGUUCACUAAAAAUAAUAUCAGGCACUAUUUUAAGCAAUGUGCAUGUGUAAUCAAAGGCAGAAAUGUACAAAUUUUAGGACGUGCUGUAAUGGGAAGAAUCCAUGAAUGUGCAAGUGAGACAGUAAGAAAAGUUUUAUUCCCGGUUUUGAGAGAAGACGAUGUUACACGAUGUAUUAGAUACGAUAAAUUAUUAAUAACAUAUGCAAACAAAUUAUGUAUCAAGUACAAUCAUCAACAUCAACAAGACAUGAUACGUGCUAGACUUCGAUUAUUAGGACGGUUUCUUAUUGCAGUAAAAGAGUAUAAUCCUAACAUAACAGAGUUUUCUGAUAUAUAUGAUCCUUCCAUGUAUGAUAAUUGUCUUAAAGCAUAAAUAAAAUAGCUCAUUUUGAUGACAUUAAUAAAAAAUAUGGUGCACCAUCAGUCGCGUCAAAUAUUGGAACAAAUUUAAAACAAAUUGGUAAUUUGUUAAUAACAGAAUGCAUAAAAACAAAUAAUAUAGAAAAGCAAAAUACCACAAAAAAUUUUUUGAAAUUAGU